CCGCUUCCCCUUCAACCAUGCUUUUCUAUUCCUUUUUCAAGACCCUCGUCGGGAAGCCCGUUGCCGUGGAGCUGAAAAAUGGCGUUGUUAUCCGUGGCGACCUGACCAGUGUCGAUCAGUUUACCAACCUCAAGCUGGAGAACAUCCAGGUUGUCGAUGACCACCUCUACCCUCACAUGUCCUCGGUCAGCAGCUGUCUCAUUCGUGGCAGUGUUGUGCGCUAUGUGCACCUUCGCCCGGACGAUGUGGACUGCGACCUGCUGCAGGAUGCCACCCGUCGCGAGGCGGACCGCCACAAGCAGGAGGCCGCCGCGGCUGCUGCCUCGGCGGCGGCCCCGAGCGCCGGUCGCGCUUGAUGCCGUGUGUACCUCUCGCUGCGGCUCGUCUCUCUGGUCUUCUCCUGUUCUCGCCCAAAAAUACACGGACCCAUUGCCGUCGGCCUGCCCCGGGUCCUCUGUGGCUCCUCUCCCG